AUGGAUAAUGAUAACAAUUUAACAGAAGUAAAUGGCGAUGAAAAUCACGUUCAAGAAAAUAUCACUUUUAAAUCACUUGGUUUAAAUGAUGUCUUAUGUGAAGCCUGUGAAAAACUUGGUUGGAAAACGCCAACAAAAAUUCAAUGCGAAGCAUUACCAGUUGCAUGUCAAAAUCGUGAUAUCAUUGGUUUAGCUGAAACUGGUUCUGGAAAAACUGGUGCAUUCGCAUUACCCAUACUUCAAGCUUUGUUAACAACACCACAACGUCUUUUUGCACUUGUCUUAACACCAACACGUGAAUUAGCUUAUCAAAUCAGUGAACAAUUUGAAGCGUUAGGUGCCAGUAUUGGUGUUAAAUGUGCGGUUAUUGUUGGUGGUAUGGAUAUGAUGUCACAAUCGAUAGCUCUAGCUAAAAAACCGCAUAUUGUUAUUGCAACACCUGGUCGACUUGUUGAUCAUUUAGAAAAUACAAAAGGCUUUUCACUUCGUUCAAUACGUUAUUUGGUUAUGGAUGAAGCUGAUCGAAUAUUAAAUAUGGAUUUCGAAAUUGAUUUAGAUAAAAUUCUUAAAAUUCUUCCACCAUCAUCAACACGUUCAACAUACCUUUAUUCGGCAACAAUGACAAAAAAAGUUGCAAAAUUACAACGUGCUUCAUUACGUGAUCCGGUUAAAGUUGAAGUAUCAGAGAAAUAUGCAACUGUUGAAAAAUUACAACAAGCAUAUUUAUUUAUACCAGCGAAAUUUAAAGAUGUCUAUUUAGUCUCAAUUUUAAAUGAUAUGAAUGGAAAAUCUGUUAUUGUUUUUUCUUCAACUUGUACAACAACAUUAAGAUUAGCAUUAUUAACAAGAAAUUUAGGCUUUACAACUGUACCAUUACAUGGACAAAUGAGUCAAACAAAGCGUCUUGGUGCAUUAAAUAAAUUUAAAGGCAAAGCUCGAUCAAUUCUCAUAGCUACCGAUGUUGCUAGCCGAGGUUUGGAUAUUCCACAUGUUGAUAUCGUUAUUAACUAUGAUAUUCCAACGCAUUCAAAAGAUUAUAUUCAUCGUGUUGGUCGUACAGCUCGUGCUGGUCGUAGUGGUAAAUCAAUCACAUUUGUAACACAAUAUGAUAUUGAAUUGUAUCAACGCAUUGAACAUCUCAUUGGUAAACAAUUACCACAAUAUUCAACACAUGAAGAUGAAGUUAUGCUUUUUUUGGAACGUGUCAACGAAGCCGAUCGACAAGCUCGAAUACAAAUGAAAGAAAUGGAAGAUGAGAAGAAAGGUAGUCGACAAAAUCGUAAAAGAAAAGAAAAACAAAAUGGUGAUUUCGAUGAAACAAAAUCAACAAAUAAAAGAAGAAAACAUGAAUCAAAUGAUUCUGAAAAUGGUUUUGGUGUUAAGAAACACUUGAAAAAAAAGAGAAAAAAUUAA